AUGACUCGAGCUGCAUCUAGUAAUGUCUUGGCAGCCGCAAGCUCUCGGCUAUUGCGGAAAUCAUCAUUGGACCUCGACAGUCACAUUGAGUUUGCUACAGCAGCAUCAUCACUGCAUCACUUAUCACCAUACCAGGAAUUAUACAAAUACUUCCAUGCCAACCCGGAACUCUCAAACCAAGAACAUGAAACAGCUGCAGCCAUUGCGAAAUAUCUGAAGGACAAGGUUUCCUCCGACUUCGAUAUCCGGACUGGCAUCGGAGGCACUGGCCUCGCUGCUCUACUCUUCAAUGGCGAUGGCCCCAGGGUGCUUCUCCGAGCAGACUUCGACGCCCUACCAGUCGAAGAACGUACUGGUCUCCCAUAUGCCUCCAAAAAGCGCAUGAAGGAUGCCGACGGUGUUGAAAAGCCCGUAAUGCAUGCCUGCGGCCACGACAUGCACAUCACUAGUCUUCUGGCCGCAGCUCAGCUCAUGGUCUCAGCCAAAGCCAGUUGGUCCGGAACUCUCCUCCUCGCCUUCCAGCCUGCGGAAGAACGUGGGACUGGCGCUCAAGCGAUGGUUGACGAUGGAAUGUAUGAUCCGAAGAAGCAUAACGUACCGAUUCCAGAUGUCUGUUUAGGUGGACAUGUCAUGCCGCACCGUGCUGGCGUCCUCGGGACUAGAAGAGGAUUGGCUGCUAGCUCGGCAGACUCUAUGCGCAUCACGCUUCAUGGACGAGGCGGCCAUGCUUCGAUGCCGCAUAAGCUUGUCGAUCCUGUCGUUAUGGCUGCUUCCACAAUCAUGAAAUUACAGACUAUUGUCUCACGGGAGGUGGCGGCGUUCGACCCGACAGUGGUGACGGUGGCUAGUAUACAGGCCGGAGACGCGGAGAAUGUGAUCGUGGACGACGCAUGCAUAGCCGUUGACAUCCGUACCUCAAAUGCGGAAACGAGAGAGAAAGUAAAGAAGAGCGUCAAACGCAUCGUUGACGCCGAAGCUGUAGCCUCGAAUGCUGUAAAGCCACCCACAUACGUCACUACUCGCAGUUUUCCCUUGACGGUCAACGACGAAAUCGUGACAGCAAAACUCGAAGAAACAUUCCGCUCCCACUUCCCCGAAGACGCACAAAACUACACCUCGGAAAUCGAAAAGCUAGGUGGCAGCGAGGAUUUCCCUAACCUGGCUACUGCUGUUGGCAAACCAUAUUGUUUCUUCAUGUAUGGAGGUACGCCACAGGAGGUCUGGGAUCAGUGUGAGAAGGAAGGGACGCUGGAUGAGAAGGUCCCGAUCAACCAUAGUGGAUUGUUCUACCCGGCUAUCAUGCCGACCCUUCAGGUUGCUGUUGACGCUUAUGCAGCUGGGGCGUUGACCUGGUUGAUCAAGAAGUAG